AUGGCCACUGCGAUCGCAGUCACUCCCACGGCCACCAACAUAGCUACCUUCAACACCAUAUCCUUCUUUGUCUUCCUCUACUUUGUAGCUACCAGAGAGAAGAAUGUGCCGAAGUGUGAUGGUGGAGCACUUUGGCAAGAAGAUGCCCUGCAGUCGCAGCACGACAACCGGAAACGUCACCUUGUGGACACGCGGGAGGAGGGGGAGGAGGUGGAGGAAGGCCGGUCUGUGCUGAGAUCCGCUCUUGAUGCCCCGCCGGAGGAAACGUGCGCGUCGCAGCUCCACAUUCUCGCUAGUGUGCACUUCACAAACGUAGACGCCAAUCUACAAGGUAUCUCCCACGCCCCUCUCCCACUCCACUUCCCCAGACGUUCUUCUGAUACACGUCCUCCUUGUGUAUUGGGUUUGGUGCUCGUCUUCUACUAUUUGGUAAUUGCCUUCGAACCUUUACAGGCAAUUGCUCAUUUUCAGAAGGGUCUGCGCACUCUACAGACGGAGGCGCCAGAUGUAUUCUUCUCCGGCCUGACGACCAUCGCUCCACCAUCUGGUAGUUCUGGCGCUGCAUCCGACAUCUCCGUCGCCGGCGCUGCCACCACUACAGCGUCAAGCACAAGAGCCACCGUAGCUACCGCUAACGCAGCUGACUCCGCCACCGUAGCGACCUCAUCUGUCGGCAACGUGGAAUUGGCCUCUCCGCUGGCGAGUCUGCUGAAUGUCGCCGCCAGCACCCGUGGCACACAGGCUGUGAGUUGUGGAACCUUAUCUUCCUCUCCCUCUCUCUCUCUCUUUCUAUCUCUAUCGUCCAUGCGUGUGGGAUGUGACGAUAUCCUUGAUAAAAAUGAGGCAAAUAGGCUUCUCCAGCAGUACUCAGUCACGGUCUGUCCAAAGGUGUUUGAGCAUUCAAGUAAGGGCAAGCCUCGCGUGCGUAUGUCUUUCUCUCUCUCUCUCUCUGUGGGUGCUUGGGUAUCUGUGGCCAUUCCAACAGAAAAUACAUCGGGUUCGUGUCUGCAUUGUCAUUGGAUAAUCUGA